AUGUCUAGAUUCACCAUGGGCAAUACACCCUCGAAAGUCGGGACGAUCAAGACGUCUUUGGAUUUCGAAGAUGAUGUUGAGUUCGUCGCUGGCAGGGAUGCGUUUGAGGAUGAUCUUGAUUUCAUUGCUGAUGAGGCGUGGGUUAGGGAAGCGACCGGUGGAACUGGUGGGUAUAGGAAGGGUGUGAGUUCUACGGCUGGGGAUUCUGAGAAGGUGGUUGUUGGAGCUGCGAGAUCUGACGCUGCUGGAGGAAGUAAAGAUGAGAGUGCUGGAGCUGUCAUAUCUGAUAUUACAGGAAAUUACAAGAACGCCAGUACUUCAUAUAUCAAAGGUCCAACGCUCGAAGAGACCGAAGCCGUUACAGCUCAGCUGCAGCAUCUCGUCGAUAACCUGAGCGUCAGCCAACCUCCUUCCAGCCCCGAAGUAACUCGUAACGGACAAGGUUUGAGCUUUACCUGCUACUCAAGCCCUGAGCUUUCUGCUGUUGAGCACGAUAGUGUGGACAGAGUUAUGGGUUUAGUCCUAAAUGGAGGAAAGAAAGGCUCUUCUCAACAAGCAGCGAAGAAUAGGGAAUCGUCUGGCUCUGCUAGUGAUCCUAAAAACGCGAGUACUGACUUUCCGAAACUCCGUGGUGCUCAACGUCCUAAGGGGAUUGCUGGACCUGCUGAAUUUAACAGUACUGGAAAUACCAAGACUCCACACAUUCCGAGGGUUGAGUCUGUCAAUCGAGAGGGAAAUUCAAUUCCUGCGCCUGUUCGUCAGGUGGCAACAGAAGCAAUGAAAUCACAACAAUCGCCUAAAGAGACUGCCGGAGCAGGGAAAAGCUCUUCUCAACAGGCUGCAAAGAAUGCGCAGUCGUCUACGAAGGCUUCGGAGGCGAAGAGGAGGAAUAAGAGGGGGAGGAAGUGA